AUGGCUCUCUGGACGUCGUGGGCUGUAUCGCGAGCAUCAGGCAAUACGCAGGGCGUCGAUCGAAGGGACACCACCAGGCAUCGCCUGGUCACAUGCGGUCCAGCGGUCGGACAGCGCCCCUUCGAACCUUUCUUCCGUGAGCGUGUCGUGCUGAUAUCCAGCUAUAUGCACCGCGAACUUCUCGAGUCAUUUUAA